AUGGCCGACGUCGAAGCUGUCCCUCAAGUCCCUUCCAAUGUGUUCCCCGAGAGUGAGAGUGAUAUCGAACCCGAGAACGUCCCACUUCCACGAAGCUCUAUGGUCUCAGUGCGACUUUCAGAUAUCCCAUUUGACCCUGAUCUCGAUAUUAUUGCCGAACGAGAUGUCUCUCAGGAGACCUCGCUGCCUCGCAGUGGCCCGUCAUCGACCCGGACCAGUCGAUCCUCUUCCCACACUUCCGAGAGCUCGAUUUCGUUGAAUUCUGUGAACUGGGAGGGCCUUGAAAAAACGGAGGAACAAGAGCACAAAGACGAAGCCACCGAUGAAUCCACAACAUUGUUACUGGCGCGUUUGGAAAAAGAGAACGCAGCGCUAGCCACCAAUCCCAAGGCUGGCAUCACAACGACUUCGCGCCCACGCAAAAAUACCCGGCCUCCUUCAAUACAACAGUUAAAAAGAAUGGUAGAUGGGCCCCAGCGCCACUCUUUGAGAUAUUCGCUAUUACCUGCUCCUCCAAUGACCGAACUGGAAUUCUGGGCGGCAUUGGUUCAAGACUACACUCAGACAGCCCAGCGACUGCCCACCCUAACCUCCAACAAGAUUCGAGGAGGCGUUCCACCACCUCUCCGUGGGGUUGUCUGGCCUAGUAUCGCUCAAGCUCACGACGGCUUUCUCCAUUCAGAAUACCAGAGACUCUCCAAUGAGCCGAGUCCUUACGAUGGUUUGAUCGGAAAGGAUGUGGGUAGGAGCUUUCCAAAUGUCGACAUGUUUCGCGAGAAAGAUGGUGACGGGCAAAGAAUGCUCGGCAAAGUCUUGAAAGCGUUCUCACUUUAUGACAGCAAAAUCGGAUAUUGCCAAGGUCUCGGGUUCGUUGUCGGACCACUCCUGAUGCAUAUGAGUGAACCAGAAGCAUUUUGCAUCCUUGUUAGGCUUAUGGAAAAUUAUGAUCUUCGUUCAUGUUAUUUGCCAGACUUGUCAGGGUUGCAUCUUCGAAUAUACCAGUUUCAACAGCUUCUAAUACGACACUUACCAGCACUAGCGGCUCAUCUCGAGGAGUUAAAGAUCGAACCGCUUUACGUAUCACAAUGGUUUUUGUCAUUUUUCGCCGUCACUUGUCCACUUCCUAUGCUACUCAGGAUUUACGACGUCAUACUCUCUGAAGGUGCAACGGAAACGCUGAUGAGGGUUGCCUUGUCACUGAUGCAGCGGAAUCAGAAAAAGCUGCUUGCCUAUACGGAAUUCGAGGAUGCCAUGCAGUUUCUGCUCUCGAGGAGUCUAUGGGAUACCUACGCACAACAUGCAGACGAUCUGGUGUCGGACUUCGUAUCACUGACGGGGUUGGUGAGCCAAGAGUCUCUUCAGUCGCUGGAGGCAAAUUUCAGGCACUCGCAGAAUUUAACAGCGGCACCCUCGUUGAAGAGUGCCGUGUCUUCUUUCUUGGGCAGAUUCUGGGCAGGCUCGUCACAUACGCCUUCCAGGUCUCAAAAUCUGAGCCUCAUGAUUCCAGGAAACAACAAGUCGGUCCGAAAAUCAUCUUCUGGUCAAAGUUUAACCUCAACACUGAACUCGCUCGAAACAACAAACACAGAGGCUAGUACAGUUGGCACAGAACUCUCUGAUGAAGGACCACCAAAACCCACUGUAUCUGCUGCCACUAGCCUCCAUUCGGCAAUUAUCCCAACCCCAGAUUCGAGUAACCGGAAUCUCCAUAACCAGAUCGAAGAUCUGCUCACGGAACUGUCUAAAGUCCAACGACAGCAUGUCGAGCUUGCUCAAGAGCUUCAGAGAGAACGUGAAGAACGAGAAGAAGAUCAGCAGAUUGCACGAAGAGUGUUGGAGCGUCUACGACAACAGACCGCAGAUAUUAGAGAAAUAGCAGGGGUAGACGGCUCCGAUGCCACAGACGAAGAUAUGGAGCUGGAUAUUCUCAUGGCCCAAGCUGAAUGUCAACUGUGUCGAGACGGCUCAAGGCGGCUUUCCGUAGCCCAAUCCAAACACCAGCUUCGUGAUGCGGUAUCGGAGUGGAAGGAGAAGCAUGAUGCUGAGGUGACCAAGUGUCGGGACCUGAUGAGACAGCUUGAUGAGCGAGAAGCAGAACAGCACAGCCUCAAAGAGCAGUUGCGAGAUGCUCGAGCCAGAAUUCAGGAUGCACAUCGCGACAGGCAACGCUUAGAAAGGACAGUUAGCGAGUUGCGCUCACGCAACAACUCGGUGCCGGAUUCACCUGCCGACGUCUACACUCCUAUCACCGAAUUCCCAGACUUGAAGUUGCCUCCUCCUAAAUCUGGACUUCGAGAGUUAAAAUUAGGUAGGCCGGAAACGACUCGAUCAAGCAGCGUCGGGCCGUAUUCGAAACGCUCAAGCAGCCUCAACACUCAAGCUGUCCUUGCCACAGAAAACCACGAACCCAUUUCCAACGAUGCCCUGCUAUUGGAGCUAGUGAAUGCUAAGACAGCCGAGGCAGUGGCACGACAGGAGCUGGAGGAGACCAAAGGAAAACUAGAUGCUUUGCGUAAGAUUUUGGGCGGAGCGACCUCCUCUCCUACAAUGCGAGGCAGCACAACCGAGUCACCAACGAUGUCUACGCCAAGUCCUAGUCAAGCGACAAAGGAACCUCCCAAAUCUACACACGCGGCUACGGCGAGCACGGGAGGAUUUUUCAGUGGAUGGGGAAAGCGAGGGACUUGA